UUUCAAGCUAAACAUCUGGGAUGUUGGUGGUCAGAAAUCGUUACGUUCAUACUGGAGAAAUUAUUUUGAAAGUACGGAUGGAUUGAUUUGGGUCGUGGAUAGCGCAGAUAUUGGCAGGCUGGAAGAUUGCAAGAAGGAACUCAAGUCUUUAUUAGUGGAAGAGGUCAAUCAUGUUUCUUGUGUUUGAUGAUUUUCAGGAAGGAAAUUUGAAAUAAAAGUGCAUUAGACAACGAACUUCUUCUUACAAAACGUCACCUGAGCCUGCUCCUCACUACGACGCAAGUGCUUUGAGAUGUUCUUAUACUUGUGUUGUUCUCACUGUGUCCUAACUACAACGCAAGAUAAAGCAUAAACAUAAGGAACAACAUAAGCAACAUCAUAAGGAAAAGAACGCAACACCAAAGUUUUGAUAUUCUUACAGUAUGCUUGUCUUUAUGCUUAUGUUACGUCGUAGUACAUAAGAAAUCAAUAGAGAGGUUAAGAUACCCCGGUUUCGGUGUACGGGUACGAGUAGUGUCAUCUUGUUUUACUGAUGUCUGCAAUUCGAUCAUACUUUUUCUGUUUUCUUGCAAUAGACAAUGAUAUAAUGCGAAAAAUGUGCACCUUAAUUACGAGUAAAGGUAUAGACAUCGACGAAAAUAUUGCUAACCAAAAUCAUACUACCCGUACACGUACACUGAAACCGGGGUAUCUUAACCUCUCUAUUAUGUUUGAUCCUUCUCGUGCUUGCUAGUGAGGAGCAGGAACUUUUCUGUUAGCUUUCAGUAGAGAGAGAGAGAGAGAGAGGUCACUAAACUACGUUCUUUUUCAACACAGCGUCUAACUGGUGCAACACUUCUUGUCUUUGCAAAUAAACAAGAUCUCCCUGGCGCUCUAAAAGCUGAGGAAAUAAGAGAAGUACGGAAUACCACUGCAUUCUUUUCCCACUCUGAUAAGUAUUACCAAGUGAUCAUGACUUUCUGCUGCACACUAAUUAGUCCCACUUAUAUACCAUCAUUACUUGACUGGCACAUGGUAAAUGACUUACGUCCUGGGUCAAAGUGUGCAGAAGAAUAGUUAACCAAGGUCGCCUUGACUGCCAACUCUCAUUCAAUCUCUCAGCCUCGUUUCAUCCGGGCUUAACACUUCACUUUGGAUUUUUUUAUAAAUUUCAGGCAUUAGAACUGGAUUCAAUCAAAAGUCACCACUGGCAAAUCCAGUGGUGUAGCGCGGUGACUGGUGAGAAUCUAUUGCAUGGCAUUGAUUGGCUGAUUGAUGAUAUAGCGUCCAGAGUAUUUACCAUGGAUUGA